AUGCCAAGCAAACGACCCAUUAAAGCAUUCUAUGUUCCGAAGAAAACAAUUCCAAGAGAUAUUUCACAAAUAUCGGGUAUUUCUCCUAUUCCAUACAGGAGUCACAGUUUAGCCUCAUCUCCAUCAUUGCACUUUGCUGAUAUAAAUCAUUCUCCUAAUCCUAUGUCAUAUUCACCAUUGGGACGAAGAUCUCAAGUAUCAAAUUUCAGUCAACGAGAAAAGAAGUCAAAUUCAUCAAUACAGGAGUCAUCUACGAAACAGAGCACUGAGCGACAACAACAAGUACUACGACGACAACAACAAGUACUACGACGACAACGACGACCCAGACCACCGCCACAACAACUACGACGACAUCAACGACAUCAACAACAACAACAACAACAACGACCACCACGACGACUUCGACAACGACUACGACAACGGCUACGACAACGACCAAAACAACAACAACAACAGUCACCACCACCACGACUUCGACGACUAGUACCACGACCAAGACGACUACUACAGCAACUACUACUACAACAGCAACUACUACUACAACAGCAACUACUACUACUACAGCAACUACUACUACUACAGCAACUACUACUACUACAGCAACUACUACUACGACUUCGACAACGGACACGACAACGACAACAUCGGGCACCACAACCACCACCUCAGACACCACAACCACCACCUCAGACACAACAACUACCACCUCAGACACAACAACUACCACCUCAGACACCACAACCACCACGCCAUAAACCAUGA